UCCUUCGAAAGCCCACUUUCGCAAUUUAAAAUUUGAAUUAUAUGAAUUUUCCCUCUCAUAAGCUCCGACAAGAAUUGAAGAAAGACCACCAUCUGUUCGACAAAAUGCCCAAUAGAGACUCCGUCGUCAAUACAGUACGUCCUACAAUUCUCCGAAGGUCUCCAAGAUUUGUCCGACAGAAAAUCAUUUCAGAUAAAGGGGAAACUACGCCUCUCAGAAAAUCUUCCAGGCUUGCCAAUCGGAAUAAGAGCUCCGCAGAAUCCGAUACCCCCAAUUCUUCCAAGUUCAACUCCAGAAAGAAUCCGGUAAGCUCUUCAAAUCUUUCCCUCAGCUCCGCAAAAACCACUCCGAAGAAAUCCAACAAAGGUUUUUUGGAAAAUGUUUCAAGAAAAUCAAGUAAAUCCAAUGACGGUUCCAGAAAUUCUGGAAAUACAGGUUCUUUUAUGAAAAAAUCAACCGUAUCGAAAAAUGGGGUCGACGGGGUUCAGUCUCUCAGACGGUCUUCGAGGAUUUCUGACAAAAGUAACGCCCUGGUUUAUAAAUAUAAGGAUUGCCCAGAGAAAAUUUGGAAGAAAUCGGGUGAUUCUGAUAAUAGGUCGGGAAGUUUUGCGCAUUUAAGUUGGGGAUCGACGAAAUCUGCAAGAUUGUCUGAUGGGGUGGAUGGAAAUCGAAGCCUUAGACGGUCCCCGAGAUUUUCCAAGAAGGAAAACAAUGUUGACGAUUCCAAGGAGAAGACUAACAGGGCCAAAAGUUGCGAUUCAACGAAAUCUCCAAGAUUGUGUAAUGGCGUGGAUGGAAUUGGAAGCCUUAGACAGUCUACGAGAUUUCCGAAGAAGGAAAACAAUGCUGAAGAUACCAAGAAGAAGAUUAAAAGCCCCAAAGGCAUUUCAAAUGGUUCCAAGAAUAAGGUGGAGUCAUCAGAGAUUGAUGAAGCUGGAGUGGGUGUGGAUUCAUGUGAAAAAUUUGUGACAAAAUGUGAAAAGGCAACGAGGGAGAGUUCUUUUGGGGCUAAAGCAGUUAGUACCAGAGGCAGAAAGCGGAAAACUCUAGAAUUAGAUGAUAGAUGUAGAGAAAUUGGGGUUAGCAGGAAGAGAAAGCUAGAUAAGCAGCAAGAUAAUGGGACUGUUCAUGGAUGGACAAAGCAGCAAGAAUUGGCAUUACAGAAUGCUUAUUUGGCUGCAAAGCCAACGCCGCAUUUCUGGAAGAAAGUUUCGAAAAUGGUGCCUGGAAAAUCAGCACAGGAUUGCUUUAAUAAAAUCCAUUCUAGCCAUGUAACCCCACCUCAACCAAGGCCUCUUUCAAGGGCAAAGACGAGAACAAAUUCAUCUCCUCUUCGACAAUUUCGGCUAUCAGCUAGUAAACUACUUAAGCCCACCACUGUGAAAGUUAAGAGGCCAAGUCACGGUAGACGAAAGAGUCAUCUUGCGCAUAAAAAUGUGCGGCAAUUGUUACAGAAGAAUUACUGCAUGAACCAAGAUCAUGAGGUGGAUUUGUUUUCAGUACUUGAACCCAACUUGGAUAUAUCUACUAAACAUUUUCAGCCUAGUGCCAUACUUUCUACCCCAGAGAAUUUACAAGAAAAGAAGCAAUUGUUUCACAAGUGCAAUGAGACAUCUUCUUCAGGACAUAAGAAGCCGCUCUCAAGGUUUAGCGAUUCACGUGGAACAGCUCUUUUUAGUCCCCCAGUACUGAAGCAGGUCAAAAACAGGGUGUUACAUGAGAAGUACAUUGAUCAAUUACAUAGCAGGGAAGCUAAGAGAGUAGCAUCGUCUCAACGGUCCAGAAAAUCCACUUCUAUGAAAGAUGGAAAAGCAUGCCUUGUUGAGAAAGUGGAUGUCAUAAGAGCAGCAAAAAUUGCCCUGGUUUCUGAUGCAAGGGAAGCUAUAGAUAAACUUCAAAAUAUACAGGCAAUUGCCAUGAGUGUCUCUUCAGAUUUGGACGAUGAAGUUUCAAAUAGCGAUAAUGACGAUGCUGAAGAUGAAAUUUAGAAUUUCUUUUCAUUUUUUCAGCUUAAAUGUAUCAAAAUAAUUUUCAGAGUUACCUUUUUCUUUAUCAAUACUGAUAGAAGAGGCAAAAGUCUAGCUGCUAACUUUGGAUCUAGGAAAAACUAUUAGUUUAAGCUGUAAUGUGAGAGUUAGGUGUAAAGCCUAAUUACUGUUUUUUUAAUAGUAAGCUCUCACUUGACCACAGCGGUAAUGAUGGUGAUGGCUCUCUACUCAAUCUUGGCAGAUGAUUUUCUCCCAUGAUUUUUAAACAUUUUUUUUGUGAAUUAAUUUGUCUAUUUUUGGAUGUUUGGUGUCUUUGUCAAACAAUGCUUCUCACAAAAGAAGCCAAACAUAGGAGGAUAAGUCAAGCAAAACCUUGGGCCUAGUGCAUUUUCAUUGUUUUCUUUGGAGCCUUGAGGGCUGCCACAGUAAUUCCAUGGUCCUUCACGUAACACAUCUUGUGUUGUGAACUUUUACUGUGAGAAAAA